GGGAAGGCUUUUGAAGCAUCAGUGUGCAAUUACGAACUAUCCACAAUAGGACUAUUUUAGAGCCGUGGGAAAAGUUUCAGGAGGAAUCAAGCAGCGAAAAGUUUUGAGAAUUCAAACCAGCGAAAUCUUGCAAUUGGAGUCUUAUCUCGAAUUAGAGGUAAGAAAGGCUCAACGAAAGAACGUACUGGCACAUUUAUUCAAUUGUAGACAGUGUCGAGCUUCAAAUUUUGCUUUUUUACCAGAAGAAAAAUACAACCGGGGAGUUUGUCCAGAAGAAGCGACUAAACUACCAACAGCCUGGAAGCACUCAGACUACAACUGGAACACCAAACUGCAAAAGAACUUGAAGCAACCACAACUGACAGAAACUAGGCUAUCGGCAAAGUAUCACACCGACAGAAGGAAAAUACACACCUUUCAGGACAUCACCCACAAUUGCAUACCACAAAAUGAAACGAGGACUUCUCCGUCGUCCCCAGACCAUAACAGGACAGGCUCCAACGCCAAAGUCAUUGAAGCCACAGAAAGCUCGACAGCUCAUACGAAGGUUCCAUGUGCUCCAAAAGAAUAAAUUUUCCAUAAUAUCAAAGUUGGCGAAACUAGAAAAUACAGAGGCCUCCUUGGAAGAUUACAAAAGUAAAGUUUUGAACAGUCGAACCAGAGGUAUAUACGAACAAGCCUAUAGUUCAUUCAAAUUGGCCAAAUCUGACAAGCCAAUCCGGUUGGAAGAACUUACCCAACGAGACCUCGUGAUAGAAUUGGCCAAGAUUGACGCAGAGAUAGAUAAAAGAGGAGGUAUUAAUGCAUACCAAUCUGCCUCCACCCAGGGCCAGGAUAGCAAACGAGGAGGUGACUCGUCGAAGAGGUUAAUAGAGUGGUUGAAAGAGCCAGCAUAUCUGGACAAACUCGACGGUCCACUUAAUGCCUUGGAAAUUGGGUCUUUGAGUGCUUCGAAUGUCAUAUCCACAUGUGGGAUCUUUGAGAAUGUUACUAGAAUCGACUUAAAUUCACAGAGUCCCCUGAUUUUAAAGCAGGACUUUAUGGAAAGACCAUUGCCAAAAGGCGACAGCGAGAAGUUCAAUCUCGUCUCAUGUUCUUUAGUGGUAAAUUUCGUUCCUUCGCCAAAGGAGAGAGGGGAGAUGUUGCAUAGAAUUACCAAAUUCCUCAAAAAACCAAAGCAAGGGAGUAUUAGCAGCUUGUUCUUUGUUUUGCCCUUACCCUGUAUCAAGAACUCGCGGUAUUUUGACGAGGAAAGUCUUGAUAAGAUAAUGAAGCAUUUGGGCUUUGAAAGGUCGGCCUACUACGAAGCCAAGAAGGUGGCAUACUGGCUUUAUGACUGGAAUGGAGUCGUCCAGAAAAAUGGAAAGUUUGGCAAGAAGGAACUAUAUCCAGGUUCCUCAAGAAACAACUUUUGUAUCACCUUGAACUAAUUUGCCUUUAAGAACCUGCGAAGCAGGAAGCAAAGUAGGAUACUGGAUAACUACUUCCUGGUGUUUCAUGUGAUUGAGAACAGGGUUUUGAAUCCAUUUGGUGUUCCAGAUGGAAAUCAUUAAAAAGUUUCACUAGUUUAGAGUAUUCUUCAAUAGUUACCACUCUAUUUAUAGAAAGAGCCUGAUAAAUGCCCAUCAAUGAACUUAGAAGAGAAAUACAUGUGCCGUGUAUUUCCUGUUUCAGAUUUUCGAUUAGAUCGUAUGAUCUCCAUGGGCAACUCUGAAUGGAGAUAAUCCAUGGAAUAGUCUUAUGAUCAUAUAGUUCGAUUUUGUGGGGUAUUGCAGCUCUUAGUUCCUGAGUAGCUAGGAAAUACAUGUGGUUUAAUAUUUUAUUAUCGCGUAAUAACAAUAAUGCAAUGACGUAGCCAAAGUCUGAGAUGGCACUAUUUCAGCCAGACACUGAAAUAGCAGGGCCUAAUCACCACACGUU